CAUGUGGAUAUGGAAAACUCGUACCUGUGUGGAUACUUGAAGAUUAAAGGCCUUACCGAGGAGUACCCAACCCUCACCACGUUCUUUGAGGGUGAGAUAAUCAGUAAGAAACACCCAUUCCUAACGCGCAAGUGGGACGCUGAUGAGGAUGUGGAUCGUAAACACUGGGGAAAGUUUCAGGCUUUUUACCAGUAUGCAAAAACAUUUAACUCUGAUGAUUUUGAUUAUGAAGAUCUGAAAAAUGGGGACUAUGUCUUCAUGAGAUGGAAGGAACAGUUCCUAGUCCCAGAUCACACCAUCAAGGACAUCAGUGGUGCUUCCUUUGCUGGUUUCUAUUACAUCUGCUUCCAGAAGUCAGCAGCAUCUAUAGAGGGCUAUUACUACCAUAGGAGUUCAGAAUGGUAUCAGUCAUUGAAUUUAACUCACGUUCCCGAGCACAGUGCUCCUAUCUACGAGUUCCGAUGACAGCUGCCCAGAACUGAUACCUCCCAGAAGCAACCUGGGCAGGAGGGCAUGGCCUGCCAGGAGAACUGUGUCCCUGUGGGAGCACGGGAAUGCACGCUUCUCUCCUGCCCCUUGGACUUGUGAGGGAGAGCCUGGAUGUGAACUCCCCCAGCCCGAGGAGCACAGCUGCUGGAGCUUGACUCUCCCUCCUGUCGAGUGGCCAUUUGAUCUUUACUCUGGUUUUGAGCUACCUUUAAUGCACUUUCUUGUUGCACAGCUAGUUUCUCUGUCACUGAGGUUCUUCCCGGCUCUCCUCUGGAAGCUGUUUCUCAGUAGCUGGAAUCAGUACUCUGGCCUCAGGAAUAAGGAAAUGUGAGCUCAGGGCUUAGAUUUUCCUUGUUACAGCCUGACAUGGGUUGGAAAUCACCAGGAUUCAGGUUUGUUGCCCAGAAUUCCAGCUCUGAUGCUCCCAGAGCCAAGUCCCGUGUGUGAGGCUCAGCUGCAGAGUCUAUUGGGGGAGUGUUGGCUGAGAUAAGGCUGGAAUGAGUCUGUGCUGGCUAAUGAGGUUAGCUGGAGCUGCAGAUCUUUCAGGAACACCAGCCCUUUGGAGCUGGGAGCUGUUCCAGUGUCUGGAUAUGCCACUGGGA